AUGAAAAGAGAAGAAGGAAUAAACCAAUAUUAUGCUUCAAAGGAUGAUAGUGUAUAUUGUUCUUCUUCAAGUAAUAUUAAUAAACUUGAAAUUUUUUCAUUUAAUCCUGAAAGUAGUUAUAUAAAAUCAUAUGAAGAAACAAUUUCAAAAUGUAUUGAUUUAUUUGAUUCUAAUGAUUAUCCAAUUCAAGUAGUAUUCUCAACGAAUGAAGAAGAAAAUAUAAUUUAUUCACAGUGGAUAGAAAAGAUAUUAUCACCAUAUGAUGAUGUUGAUAUGAUUGUUUCUGGGAGAAUAUCAAAUUUUACAGAAAGUGUAAUGAAAAGAGAAUAUGGAAAUAUUUUAGAUGACCCACACAUAUGUAAAGUAAGAGAAAGUUAUGUAAGUCCAGAAGUACUUGGAGAAUGGUAUACAAAUCCAAAUAAUAUUAAGUAUGAUGACGUUGAACAUAAAGUUUCACAACCUUCAAAAACCAACAGAAAUAAAAUUUAUACAGAUCCUCUUUGUUACUCUGGUUGUUCUACAAUAACAAAAGGAUUAAAAGAAUGGGGAAGUGCUAUUAUUGUAGGAUAUGGUGGUGACAUAUAUGGUGAAGAUAAAGAAUUUGAAGUUGGAUUAACAUCAAGUAAUGCUAUUAAUGUUAAUGAUAUAGAUGAAGAUAAUAUUUUAAAACAAUAUGGAUAUAGUCUUAAAAUAAGUCUUUUAGAAAGAUACAAACAUAAUUAUAAUUACAAUGAAAAUAUUCCUAGUGAAUUUCUGACAGAUAUUGUUGACGAAAGAAUACGUGUUAGUAGCAGUACUUAUUAUAGAGAAAGAAUAACAGAAGAAACAAAGAAAAUAGUAGAAAAGUAUAAAACUAAAUGUAAUCCAAAGAAUAAAAGACUAGUUAAAAGAGAUAGUAGAUGUGAUAAAGAAAUUAAUAUCGAACAUGGACAUGGAGGAUAUGAAUGUGGAGAUAAUGGAGAAUGGAGUACAAAAUGUGUACUAGCCUAUUGUGAUUCAGGAUAUAAAUUUGAUUAUAUCAACAAUAAAUGUAUUGAAGAUGUAUGUGUUUAUCCACAAAAUCUAAGCAAUGGAACACCAAGAAUGACAAUAAACAUAUUCCUGAUAAUAAUUGGAAUAAUCACAUUAAUUCUCUAA